AUGUGGCUCACCGUGCCUUUGCAGCUGAUCAUGCCGACGUUGGGCACGUGGAUCACUCUGCAGAUCGUCAGUGGAGCGAUCGCUGGCAUCCCAUUGGCGGAGGAGUUUGUCUCGGUGGCUGUCCCUGGAACUUUUGUGAUUUUGUGCUGUGGGCCUUGUUUGUUCAUCCCAGCUGUGUUGAUGGGUGACUGGAUGGCCGAAGCUCGUGAAGAGCGUGAAGAUCCCUGGAUCCCCUCCUGGAUGUUGCCAAAGGAGCUUGUGUGGCAGCCCUUGAGCAAGGAGCAACGUCGGCUCCGGCGCCGCUACGCUCUCUUCGCGAUUUUGAGUUACAGUCACCGUGCAGCUUGUCCUAUGCUGCUUCUACUGGUCUUCGUCUUGCUGGUGGUGACCCUGAGCAAUAAUAUCCAGGCGCCGUUGGAUGCGGGGACGCCGCAGCUCUUCGGAGACGGUGAGCUCUUCCGAGAGGGGCAAGUGGCGAAGGAGCUUUGGGGUGCCUUGCCCAGCCCUGAAACCAUCGCUGCACGGGCCCUGCGCAACGCCACGGCCUGCCGCAUCGAAGCCGCCAUGAGCGGCGCUAGCGGAGCCAGCAGCGCGUGCUCCUGGUUUUCAUGCGAGGCAGAGAAAGGGGUCGAGCUGGCAGAGGACACGUGCAGCUGCGACUAUCGUUUGUUCACUCCACAGUCCGGAGCCUCCACUUGCCAAGCAGAGGCGCGCUUCAGCGGUCUGCACGCGGUGCCCGAGACCUUUUGGCCUUGGGUCCAAGAGCAGUACACCAUGGAGUUCUUGAGUAACGCCAGCAGCCAGCAGGAACCACCGCUCGGCAUCGAAGAUUGGAACUUGGGGCAAAACCUGCUGCAAUCACAGGUCUCCAGCUCCCGAGUGGCCCAACGCCCGGUGAACGGGAACACCGGGUGCUUCCGCGCGCAGUGUUAUUGCGAUGCCCGGCGCUGCAAGCGCCCCAGCGGCUGGCAACGUUUUGGCUCCUUCACGGUGCCUGGCAGCGUCGGGCAAUCGAGCAACGUGAGCAUGGACACCGCGGUCCCCUCCACCGAUGUCUUCAUCGUUUGGGGCUUGGAGCAACAGACCUCCAACGACGCGUCCGCCUCUGGGCUGACCUUCCAAGCAGCCCUCAACUGGGCGGAUCCACAGGUGCAGCGGGAGCAGCUGAGAACCUGUGAGGCCACUCCUCCUGAGAUGGAGGUCCUCUCGCGGAAGUGCUUUGCCUCGGACUUCAAGACUUGGUUGGAGUCCAAGGGCGAACGCUACCCUGUGAAGCCGUCCGAGCUCUAUGCCGAGCGGCUCCAGGAGUUCGCUGAAGAGCAUGGCCGGGAGAAGUACUUCUGGCGAGCGCCCACGGGAGGGCUGGCGGGCACUGUGGCACGCCUGCGUGUGCCCAGAGAUACCCCGCGGCAGCAGCUCCAGGAAGGUUGGCAGCACUACAUGUCCUUGAGGAGGAUGGCCCCUUGGCGCUCCCAAGCCUGGACGGCCUUGGAAGCCAUCACCGAGGAAGAGGAACUUCAGCUCCUGCAGGCGGCGACCAACGAGGUGGCGCUGCUCUUGGUGAUGAUGCUGGCGCUCUGGACGUGCCUUUUCACCUUCAGUCUCCGCAUGGCCCUCGCCGGUGCCUGCGCUGGGGGGUUCGGCAUCCUCAUGUUCUUCCUUUGCCAACCUUUUGGGCCCCAGUCGGCGGCCCUGCAGCUGCUGUGCCUCUUGCUGCUGGUGACCACCCUGGUCGCGCCGGCUUCGCGCUUUCUCUUCUUCUACAGUGGCGCACGCAACGGUCCCAGCAAGCGCGUGAAGAACGAGAAGAGCACCUCCUUCGAGAUAGAGGAGGAUGCAGCCCAAGAGCCAAAGGAAGUGCGACAGGUGCGGGGUGAUCAGACGCAACGCUUCGUGAGCCUGGCCGCGGAGGAUCCGCAGCUGCAAAAAGAGAAGGAGGAACAACAACGACGUGCACAGGUUGCCGCAGAGCGAAAGGAAAUGCAGAGUCUCUUCCGCCCCUCGGCGAUCCCCUCGGAGCGGCGGAACCGGAGCACCACGGCACUGGGCAAUUCCUUGGAGAUCUUGCUGGGUAAUGUGCUGGCGAUGAUCAUUUCUUGGGUGACCUUGUGGGUCUUCGCGCCCGACAGCCUGGCACAGGUUGGUCGGAUCUUCCCAGUUCUCUCGGUGACUUUGCUGAUGGUGAUCUUGUGCGUGCUGCCUGUCCUCAUCCUCUUUGGCUUGGGCUCCUCCAGGGUUUGGCGGCAAGCCAUGUUGGCCUUCAUGGGUGCCAUCACAGGCUGGAACCGCCGCUUCGGGGGCCCCGCCUGCAGCUUCCCAGAGCUGCGGAAGCCAGAGGACGACGAUUUGGAGGUGAGCCGAUCCAUCAAGGUUCUCGGCUGGCCCUUCACUCGCAUUGCGUCUUAUUGGCGUGCCCACCAGGUGACUGCCAGCCGGAAGUGA